GUUGUUGUCAUCGACGAUGAUGAUUGAACGCUGACGGUCACCGAUUUUCAAGCCUAAAAAGAAGUGGUAUUACGUAUCAGAGAGUGUGCCCGGUGCCAAGUUCGUCUGGGAGAAGAAAGAGGCGAGAUUCCUUCUAAAGGCGACGCGGCUGUGGGACUCCUCCAGAUGUAUCCUCGGCAGACCCAGCUGUGCUCCGGCACCGACCGACUCAUCCGACAGACGAACCUCCACUGAUCUAAAUGGACGAGCCAGACUAACCAGGACACGAGUUAUAGUUUCUCUGAGACAUAACUGUACAGUUAGCAACGAUGUCUGUCUCUACGGUUUUGGCGAAGGCAUUAUUUGACAACACUGCGGAGAGCCCGGAGGAGCUGGCUUUCCGUAAGGGUGACAUCCUCAUGGUUCUGGAACAGGAGCAGAGUGGUGGACCAGGCUGGUGGCUUUGUUCUCUGCAUGGCCGGCAGGGUAUCGCCCCUGCCAACCGCCUCCGUCUCCUUCAGACAGCCCCGCCCCCAGGAUCGGACCUCCGUCGAGGUCCCAGUGAGGACUCUGUGUACUUGUCACCCAGUGCUCCACUGGCCCGGUCUGCUGUCAGUGGAAGUGCAGAGGAUGUAGAUGGGGUGUAUCGAUCCCCGCCAACUGUGGGUGAGGGACGGGGAGCUGGAGCCGUUUCAAGGCCUGGGGAGCUCCGCAGGGUUGAAGGUGGGCGUCCGCGCUCUCACUCGAGCUCUGGCACCCGGCCCCGACCUGACUGGGAUAUUGGGGUCGCAGGGCGUCCACGCUCACCCUCUCUUAGAGGAAGGGGCACAGAAAUGUCAGGAACACUCUAUCAAACCCCAGUAAGUCCAAUACCUCCAGGGGUUCAGCAUGUCAGACAACCAGGAACUCUCUUGGCCUCAGAGUCUGUUUACCUCUCACCCAGCGGAGUGCCAAGAGUGACUGAUGAGGCACAGGACAUGACCUAUUUAGUCCCACGAGAAACUGAUGACUGUUAUCUGGUGCCCAAAGGUACUCCUCUUGCUGGAGAUGACGUGUACCAGUCUCCAACUGGAGGAGUUGGAUGUUCUAAUGGCCCUUCUCCUGUCAGUGGUACAGCCACUACCACCCAGGCCAAAGUCAGCCAGGAUACACCAGGGAUGUACCAAACACCUACCCCUGUUGGAGCAAACCUUCACCGGAGUCCAGCUACAGUUAUGGCUCACCAGCAUCCAUCUCAAUCAUCCCCUGCCCAAGCAUCUCCCAGACCUCUCCUCAAGGGAGUUUCACCCACUUCGGCUGUUGCCAGGGGCAAACCUGGUCUGGCCAGUCACCGGGGAUCUCCUUUACUGCUCCGAGCAGGGCAGGUCAGGGUUCCUGGAUCACCAAGUUCUGUCCGUAAGCCACCUCCUCCUGCACCUCCAGUAAGGGGCAUCACAAGGAAAGAUGUACAACAACCAGUCACGCCAUCAGCUGAUUCCAACUCUGUCAUCAAACCCAGUGUACAGUCUGCUACUGCAGGACAAGAAGAUGACAAACAAAGAGGGGUCGCUCAAGCAAGCAAUGGCCUGGAGAAAAGUAGCAAUGUGCAGAACAAAAAAGAAACACAAGACUUCACAGACCCUGUCGAUGACCAGGUUUAUGAUACUCCACCCAGUGGCAGGUGGCAGCGUCCAGUUCCAGCUUCCCUCAACGAGGAUGAUGGGAUCUAUGACACGCCACGCAGCGUCCCACCACAGACUGACUCUGAGGCAGAGGUCUAUGAUGUCCCCACCAUUGUCCUGAAUGUGUCCAGCUCAGAUGUGCAGCACAGCAGCUCAGCGCCUGAUGAAGUGGACGAUGAUGUCUACAGUGUCCCAACUCUCCCAGGAGUGCCUCUUGGAACAGGGGAGUCCACCAGCAGCCUUUCUGGGGAGGAGGCUGUCCAUGUGGGUCAGGUUUAUUGUGCCCCUGGUCAAGAAAAACGACGUAGUGGCGGGGACGAGCCUGACUGCGGUAUCUAUGACAUGCCAGCUCUGACCGCUGAAGUCCUUCCGCACUCUUCGUCGUCAUCGUCCACCUCGACUCGUAGGCUCUCAGUUUCUAGCAACGGUUCGGGCGAUGUGCAGUGGAGAGCUUCGCUUUCCAGCCUUGUCCAUUCAGUGCUCAGCACGGCCUCAUGCUCCACCUCCAGUCUGUCUUCACGAGAUCUGGCUACCUCAUUGGCAGAUAUCUUGUCCACAUGGAAAGCCAGUCACACCGGGGAUCCGCCACCGCCUCUUCAGCAGGCUUGGGCUCGUUUGUCGGACCUGCUCCCAGCGUUAUCUGCCAUCGGUAAUGCUCCUCCAUCUGACGGCCUCCUCACAUUGGUCCAGCGUUCUCUCGAGGAAAGCGCACUCCUCUUGCAGGCUCAGAGUCGGCCUCGCCUGCCUUCGCAAGACUCCCUGUCCCGUAGGCCGCUGCCUGCCCUUCCGGUGCAAGACGGGGUGUCAUCUGGGGGCGGAAUGGGCUCUCGUAAAGGCAGCUGGAUUCAGGAAAGGCCUUUGCCCCCCACCCCUCAGCCCGCCUUCCCCUUACUUCCUGCUCAGUCCACAGUGACAGUUACAGUGGGCCCCAGUGAAGGAGAGGAUGACCCCAGUAAUGAGUAUGCAGGGAUAGGUCUAACUCCCAUCCCUGCCCCAGUGCCUGCAGGAGACAGUGUUGGAUAUGUCAAACUGCAGGGCAAACCUGAUCUGCCUCCUAAUGCAGUGGCUGAGAACGGACAAACACACACUAUCACUGGAGAGCUGAGGUUGACCCCCUCGCCUCCUCUACCUGUCUCCCUGUCCCUGGAGGAUUCAGAGCUGCUGUCCUUCUACUCAUCUCAGAGCCUCGCUCACCUCUCCUGUCUGGCCGACGCCAUCGAUGUGCUCUUCAACAGCGUGCAGGGAAACCAACCACCGCGCAUCUUUGUCGCGAGAGGAAAAAGUCUCAUCGUGACGGCUCACAAACUGGUGUUUAUUGGAGACACACUGUCCCGCCUCCUUACUUCUGCUGACCUCCGUGCUAAGAUCACCACCUCAGGAGGACGACUCUGCCAAGCCUUGAAGGCAGUUGUCGUGGCAACAAAGGGCGCCGCACAAAACUACCCAUCAGUUUCUGCCACGCAGGACAUGGUGGACCGCGUGGCCGAGCUGUCGCAGCAGGCAGCCGGCUUCUCCACUCUGCUCCAGCGCCUGGCAGAAAUCUCCUCGUGAUAUUUCCUCUCACUAGUGUAAAGAAAAACCAACUGUUUACACUACAUGCAUCGUUUGUCUUUGAAAUGCCUUAUUUGUUGUUGACCCUUUCUUUAUCGUGCGUUGGAGUGGGAUGGAAGCAGACGAAGUGAAGUCCUGUCUGCAGCUGUUACUAAACCUGGCUCAUGUGUUGGUUUGCCUUUUGUUCCUAUACCCACCGCUGUGCUUUGAUGCCGGGCACACGUGUCUUUUUGAGUGUUAACUUAUUGAAUAUCAGAAGCACCUCUGUGGCUUUUUUUUGCAAAUUGUUUAUCUUGGGAACUUUAUUAUUCGCCAUAUUUCCUUUCAUUCACAUGAUCUCCGUUUUCCUUCCUUCCUCUAUUUAUUUAGCCAAAAAUAGCACAGAAGGAGGCCUAACAUCCUGAUCCUAGCCUACUUUUGACUGUGAUACCUGAAAGGCCUUUUGUGAUUAUCGUUGUGGUGCUGUUGAAGCAGCGUAUUUGGUGUUUUGAGCUUCAUAUCUGAAUAUUGGAAUAGGACUUUGGAGACUCCGACUUCUAUCCUUAAUCUUCUAUGUGAUGUGUUUGUGUAGAUCCAUUUUCAAGUUACAAAAUGCAAACCUCUUUGUAAGGAUCGUAAGAAGCACCUCUCGGUACAUUCUUCUGUUCGCAUAUAUGCAAUCCUCAUGGAGGAAGACACAAACCCUGAGUGGGGGAGAUCAUAUCUGUGGGAGAGUAAUGAUCGUUGAUGAAACGUUGCCUCAUCCUGUUCUUUCCCACGAUCACAUGCUUGCAUCACGACGCACAACAAACCUGUCAGCCAAGUCCACCUGUCUGAACUCGUCUUGUUAUGAUUCCUUCACGAUUAUGUUUGUUCGGCUUUCAUCGGCUUUUCAUGUAAAUUUCCACCAAGGCGAUAAAUAACCCUGUUAGUCAGUAGUGCUUACCCACUGCUUCCACAUCUGUUCUCCAUUUCAGACCUUUACAUUCCUGUCUGACCUCUGCCCUCUCAUUAAGUAUAUGAGUCUUUACCAAAAACAUGUGAAAUGCAGUAGCCUGGACAUUGUUACAUUUACAUGACAAAUCUGCACACAGUUGGAGUAUUAUUCUCAAAAUGCUUUGGUAUGGAGCCCAUGAGGUCCUAAAAAGUGACUGUUUUUACCAUUAGCGAUCAAGUUAUUAUCUUGUGCGAACCACAUCAUUUUUGUAGGAAUGGUCUUUUUUUUUUUUUUUUUGUACAAAUAAUAUGCCUGAUUAUUCUGUAAGAACAUGUUGAUUAUCUUUUUCACUCCAUGUAACUUGGACAGACAAGACUAUUCCAAUCGUUUUGCACAAGAUAAAAAGGUCUGACUUUUUGGGACUGUAGGGGUCCAUAUUGACCUAUCAGGCUGUAUUCUAGCUGUAGUCUACACACAUCAUUGCCAUUUUUGCUUAAGCUAUUCAUAUUUCUUUUUCGGAUCCAAAUCAGUAUCAUCGGGGCUCAGUAUAAUCAUUUUCACAGUUGUGUGACUGUGAUGAGUAUUUCCAUGCUGUCCUAUUUACUCUGCUACAGUGCCACCUUGUGGGGAGUUGAAGACAUUGACCUGCCUGAGGAAAAAAAAGGCUGCAAACUGCAGAUGAGAGCAUGAGCAACAAGUCACCUAUAGCUAUAUAUUUAUUAUUGUAAGAUUUUUUUUAAUGUUUUGCUCUCCUGUUUGCAUGGCUUUAAUUUACUUAAAUUUUAUAUAUGCACACAAUUCACCAGGGUUGAUUUUUACAAGGUGAAACAAUAAUUUUGGGAAAAUAUAUUAAGUUUAGAGUCAAAGCUAUGACUGUAUUUCUUUUGUACAAGAACAUUCUUUUUUACACUAUGUGAACUCAUUUGACUCUGUUAUCCUUGUUUACUGAGGUGCAACUUUUUUCUACAGUAACAGACCUACAACUUUAUCCUUAAAACACUACAUGUAAUAGCCGUCUUGUAUUCCCCUUCAGAAUGCACAAAUACAUCUUUUGCAAAUAAACAAAUGUGUUUGGAUUA